AUGGGUGCCGUUCAUGAACAUCUAAUGGAUGUCUUUGCGGUGUUUCUGAAGUUUUCUAGUCCUACUAUUUUGGGAUUUGAAACAUUAUCCUUUUUUUACCUUUUAGGUAGACUUAUUAAGGCACUCAGCAGUUUAUCCUAAGGGUUAGCAGAAAUUUACUCAAUUUGUCAAGAGUUCCAAAAUCUAAUAAACAAGUAUAGUGAGGUUUUGACUUAUGAUAGCAACAUGAAAAUGAUGGAGAAGACCUUUAAACAAUCUUUAUAUGAUAUAAGUCCUGUGGGAUCAUCUGGAUCACAGGACAGAGAAAAGUAUUUGUUAACCAUGAAAUACAAUGAUGAAAAUGCUGCAAGUAUUAAUUGGGGAGAUGGUGUGAUCAAUUUCCAUGAUAAUAUUGAAAAACCCCAGUAACACAGCCAUACUUCAUAGAAUUGGAAUUCUGAAAUAGGUUCCAACAGAUGUACUGGAAGUAAAUGCAAGCCAGCAAAGAAGAGUGAUCCUUCUUGCUUCCAAUGUUCUUAUGUAAGCCUCCAGAAGAAGGUAUGGCCCAGAUUAAAGGUAUGGUACCACCAUACUUCAUAGCAUUGAUCAGGAGAUGCUAAAUCUUAUAAUGCAUGGUGAACCACUGAUGUGAUAAGCCAGUUGAUCACUGUGAUCCAACAUGCACAAGAGUAUUGCAUGGCAAAUGAUCCCAGGAGUCAAUGUAGGGUGAUCUUAGCUGAGGUGCAUAACAGUGGGAACAUGUAACCUAAAGCGGCCUAAUCCUGUAGCCAGGCAGGACACCCAGAAGAAGGAUAAGGACACUAACUCACCCAUAAAACCUUAAACCAAAAAUUUUUCCCUGCUUGAAAGAAAUGAAAUGAGAAAGAUGAAGUAGAGAAUGAAGGAAUGGCCAAGCAAUAACUGACCUAACUUGAGACCCAUGAGCAAGAACCAAUCCCUGACACUACUAAGCUACUCUGUUAUACUUGCAGACAGGAGCCUAGGAUAACUACUCUGAGAGGCUUUAUCUAGUAUCUGAGUGAACCAGCUGUAUUUGCCCACAGCUGAACAUGGGAUGGAGGUUGGGGACUCUAUGGAAGAGACGGGGGAAGGUUUGAAGGCCCUGAAAGGGAUAGGAGCUCCACAGAAAGACCAACGGAGUUAAUUAAGCAGGACUAAUCAGAACUAUCAGACUGAGUCACCAACCAAAAAGCAAACACUAGGCGGAUUGAGCUCCCUAGCAUAUAUGUAGAAGACAUGCUGCUCAGUCUACAUGUGGGUCUUCUGACAACUGACUGGAGCAAGGGCUAUUCCUAAAGCUGUUGCCUGACUGUGGUAUCCGUUCCUCAACAGGACUGACUUUUCUGGCCUCAGUGGAAGAGAAUGCAUCUAAUCUUUAAGAAACUAGAUAAGUCAGGGUCAGGGACACCUUCUCAGAGGAGAAGGAGAGGAAAAGGAAAAAUGGGGGAAGGUACUCUGUGAGGGAUAACUGGGAGGGUGAGGAGUUUGGGAUGGGGAGAAAGAAAG